AUGUCUCCCAAAGAUCUUUUUACCAAGUAUUUCCCAAGACGGAAGAAGCAAAGAGACACUGAAAAGUCAAAGCCAAUACCUGACGAAGCUCUACCAAAGCGCGCUUAUACAGCUCCAGCACAUACACAGAAAACAUCUUCAAACAAGGCGGGCUCUGCUGGGCCUCCAUGGGGAAGAUACCAUGCCCCAGCUACCACCGAUGGUGGAAAUUAUCCCGUUGGAAUCAUGUAUGGAGGAGUCUCGGAUGAUACAGUUGGCAACAGUCACGGUCAUGGGCACAGGGAUAGAGGGCAUUGGGGAUGGGGAGGAGUAGAAGAUGGAUCAGGCGGCGGCGGUCAUAGUUAUUGGGGUCAUGGAGACCAUGCAGGCAGCAGUAGCGGAGGAGGAUGCAGUGAUUCUGGCGGAGGAAGUGGUGGAAGCAGUGGUGGUGAUGGUGGAGGAGGAGGAGGAGGAGGCGGUGGUGGAGGAGGUGAUUAG